AUGGAGGACGACCCUCCGAAGGCGCAGUUCUUUUUUGCCGAGAGUGAUGAGGAUUCGCUUGGUCUAGUUGAAAGCAAAUCUGAUCUUUCUCAGACUGUGCCUGACCCAUCUAAGGACGGUGGCGCUGCUGGUGGAUCCAGCUUCCCAACAGAAGAGCAAGCUGAAUUACCUAAUUUUUCUGAAAACGCUCAGUCAGAACAUAUUGAAGGAGCAUCAGCAUCUUUCGAGAACACGCAGGGAGGCCAUUAUCUGUCGGAGGACUUUUGGUUUAUUCUUGCCACAUUUUGUGCCAUAUUUUAUCUUAAGCAUGACGAUGAGAUCCCUGCUCAGGUUUCUGGAACAGCCGAGAAUUCUGCAGGACCUGCUGGUCAAGAGACAUGCGAUGUUCCAACGGUUUUGACUGACGAUGGCUCUAAUGGCUCUCCAGGGGUGGCGGACGGUGAGGUUCCAGCCGAACCACAUGAGCACGCAACAUUUCCUCAAACCGCUUCCGAAGUAAGUUUUGCUCAGUGCGGUUUUUUGUUUGGAUUUCAGUGA